CAGCUGAGAAAAGCUGCCCCCUCCCCAUUAAAAGCCUCCCGCCUCGUUCUCGUUUCUGAACUCUGACCUUCAGCCUAGACUUUGCUCUGACCUUUGACCUCUGACCUGUUGGUUUGUGACCUGCUGGUGUCGGUCCACGUCGGUUCUGGUGGCUUGUUGGUGUCUUCAGUGCCUUUUGGCUGUGGGGGGGCCGAUCAGUUGGUCAGUGGAAGGGGUGGGGGCAGGGCUCAGAUUAGCUCCGCCCCCUCGACCGUCCUGACGCUCUGCGCAGCAGCAGUGCAGCAGUCUGUCUGCUCUGCCUGCGUCUGCAGUCAUGGCAGACGUCUGGGGGGGCAUCGUCAGCCAGAGGGGGUCCAGAUCCGGGUCUGCGGGGAACGACGAGGAGGCGGUGGUGGACCGGGGCAAAACCAGCUCCACCCUCCACACCAACUUUGAGAAGGAGGAGCUAGAAAGCCACCGGGCCGUGUACGUGGGCGUCCACGUCCCUCUGGGCCGGCAGGGCCGCAGGCGGCACCGUCACCGAGGGCACCGGCAUCACCGGAAACGGCGGGAUUGCUCCGACCGGGACGACGGACGAGAGUCGCCCACCUACGACACGCCGUCUCAGAGGGUCCAGUUCAUCCUCGGCACCGAAGACGACGAUGAAGAGCACAUUCCUCACGACCUGUUCACGGAGCUGGACGAGCUCGCCUUCAGGGACGGAGACAACCAGGAGUGGAAGGAGACGGCCAGAUGGUUGAAGUUUGAGGAGGACGUGGAGGACGGCGGCGAGCGCUGGAGCAAGCCUUACGUGGCCACGCUGUCCCUGCACAGCCUGUUCGAGCUGCGCUCCUGCAUCCUGAACGGAACCGUGCUGCUCGACAUGCGAGCCACCAGCAUCGAGGAGAUCGCAGACAUGGUGAUUGACAGCAUGCUGGCCUCGGGGCAGCUGGAAGACGGCGUCAAGGAGAAGGUCCGGGAAGCCGUGCUGAGGCGCCACCACCACCAGAACGAGAAGAAGCUGAGUAACCGCAUCCCUCUGGUCCGCUCCUUCGCCGACAUCGGCAAGAAACACUCCGACUCCCAUCUGCUGGAUCGGAACGGUCUGCUCGCCUCGCCGCAGUCCGCUCCCGGAAACCUGGACAGCAAACGCGCAGACGCUCGCAUCAACGGCGGCAGCUGUGAGAACAGCAGCGUGGACUUCAGCAAGGUGGACAUGAACUUCAUGAAGAAGAUCCCUCCUGGGGCCGAAGCCUCCAACGUCCUGGUGGGGGAGGUGGACUUCCUGGAACAUCCCAUCAUCGCCUUCGUCCGCCUGUCCCCCGCCCUGCUGCUGACCGGCCUCACCGAGGUCCCCGUGCCCACCAGGUUUCUUUUCCUGCUGCUGGGCCCGUUUGGGAAAGGUCCGCAGUACCACGAGAUCGGGCGGUCCAUCGCCACGCUGAUGACGGAUGAGAUCUUCCAUGACGUGGCGUACAAGGCCAAGGACCGGAACGACCUCCUGUCCGGGAUCGACGAGUUUCUGGAUCAGGUGACCGUGCUGCCUCCAGGGGAGUGGGACCCCAGCAUCCGCAUCGAACCCCCCAAGAACGUCCCGUCUCAGGAGAAGAGGAAGAUCCCGACACAACCUAACGGCUCCGCCCACAACUCUGAGGCGAUGAAGGAGGCGGAGCAUCACGCGGGGCCAGAGCUCCAGAGGACGGGCAGGAUCUUCGGCGGUCUGGUGAACGACGUUAGGAGGAAAGUUCCGUUCCUGUGGAGCGACGUGAAGGACGCCGUCAGCCUGCAGUGUGUGGCGUCCGUCCUCUUCCUGUACUGCGCCUGCAUGUCCCCCGUCAUCACGUUCGGGGGGCUGCUGGGAGAAGCCACCAAAGGAAACAUCAGCGCCAUCGAGUCUUUGUUCGGGGCGUCCAUGACGGGCGUGGCCUACUCCAUGUUUGCGGGGCAGCCUCUCACCAUCCUGGGCAGCACCGGUCCGGUUCUGGUGUUCGAGAAAAUCCUCUUCAAAAUCUGCAAUGACUACCACCUGUCCUACCUGUCCAUGAGGACCGCCAUCGGGCUCUGGACGGCCUUCUACUGCGUGGUGCUGGUGGCCACGGACGCCAGCUCUCUGGUCUGCUACAUCACCCGCUUCACCGAGGAGGCCUUCGCCGCGCUCAUCUGCAUCAUCUUCAUCUACGAGGCUCUGGAGAAGCUGGUCCACCUCAGCAGCGUCUACCCCAUCAACAUGGACAACCACCUGGAGAACCUGACCUUCUACAGGUGUCAGUGCUCUCCGCCGCUCAACGCCUCGGCCCAAGUCCUGGAGCAGUGGAGCGGCAGGAACGCCACGGCAGAAAGCAUCCAGUGGGACCAGCUGAGCGUGACGGACUGUCAGGCCCUCAAAGGCGCCUUCGUAGGCUCCGCCUGCAGCCUGGACCGCCCCUACGUUCCCGACGUUCUCUUCUGGUCCGUCAUCCUCUUCUUCACCACCUUCUUCCUGUCUUCCUUCUUCAAGCAGUUCAAGACCAAAAGAUACUUUCCCACCAAGGUCCGAUCCACCAUCAGCGACUUCGCCGUCUUCCUCACCAUCAUGAUCAUGGUGCUGGUGGAUUAUCUGGUGGGGGUUCCCUCCCCGAAGCUCAACGUACCGGACCGAUUCCAGCCCACCUCCAGCACUCGAGGAUGGUUUAUCUCCCCGCUGGGCCCGAACCCCUGGUGGACGCUGCUGGUGGCCGCGCUGCCCGCUCUGCUCUGCACCAUCCUGGUCUUCAUGGACCAGCAGAUCACGGCCGUCAUCGUCAACAGGAAGGAGAACAAACUGAAGAAAGGAUGCGGCUAUCACCUGGACCUCCUGGUGGUGGCGCUCAUGCUGGGCGUGUGCUCCAUCAUGGGCCUGCCGUGGUUCGUGGCGGCGACGGUGCUGUCCAUGUCCCACGUCAACAGUCUGAAGGUGGAGUCGGAGUGCGCGGCGCCCGGCGAGCAGCCCAAGUUCCUGGGCAUCAAGGAGCAGAGGGUCACGGGCUUCAUGAUCUUCUUCCUGAUGGGCUGCUCCGUCUUCAUGACGUCGGCUCUCAAGUUCAUCCCCAUGCCGGUCCUGUACGGAGUCUUCCUCUACAUGGGCGUGUCCUCGCUCAGAGGCAUCCAGCUGUUCGACCGGAUCAAGCUCUUCAGCAUGCCGCCCAAACACCAGCCGGACCUGAUCUACCUGCGCUACGUCCCGCUGUGGAAGGUCCACGUCUUCACCGUGGUCCAGCUCACCUGCCUCAUCCUCCUGUGGGUCAUCAAGGCCUCCGCCGCCGCCGUCAUCUUCCCCAUGAUGGUUCUGGCCCUGGUCUUCAUCCGGAAACUUCUGGACUUCUGCUUCACCAAACGAGAGCUGAGCUGGCUGGACGACCUGAUACCAGAGAGCAAGAAGAAGAAGGACGAUGACAAGAAGAAGGAGCAGCCAAUCAGCUCUGCUGUUUUCCAGGAGGCCCAGCAGAUGUUUGUGGAGGCGGACGAUGAGCCGCCGUAUGACCACGACAAUGUCCUCAAGUUCCCCAUCAAAGGAAGGUCGGACCCUUCGGUGGUCAACAUCUCUGAUGAAAUGGGCAAAAGUGGGAUUUGGGCUUCGCUUUUCAAGAACUCUGAAGGCAGCAAAGCUCUGAAGCGCUGCAACAGUCAGGAGAACCUGAAGAGUGUCCGGAUCAACGUGGAAAACGAACACGGUCAAAGAGUCGUAGACGCCGAGACGGCACUGUGAUCCGUCGAUGGUUGGCUGGAGGAGGAGGCGGAGCCAAGCCCCCUAACGGAACGCAUUAGAUCAUCUUUAAAAUGAAGCAUCAGUCAUGGACCAAUCAGAUUUCCCCGUUCUCCCGCCUCUUCUGUGGCGGCUUUUAUGUUCUCAUCGUUUUAUGGUGAAAGACUUAACCUCUGGGUGAACCACGGGUCGGAACCGGCUCCUCAGGUGACCCGGGUUUCACUGCCCCUCCCCCGUGCCACAGUGUGAUUGGUGGACUUGGAGCACGGCUGAACGUUUUUAUUUAAUUUCCUUCAAGCCUUAAUGUCUGAUUUUAUUCUGAAAUGUUAGUUUUCUGCCUUAAUGAAGCUCCGGCGGUCUCUUUUUUAAUUAUGUUCAGGUGUGUGUGUGUGCACGUGCGUGUGCACGUUGACUCACCUUGUUGCCUCCAACCGAACGCCUUACUCUGGCGCAGCAGCUGGCGUCGUUAUUUUUGUGCAGGUUUUCAAUAAAGCGUUUUGAUCGGA